AUGCUUAUCUUUCUGCUGCGAUUUCUUUUUUCCCAAUCCUCAAACGUAAAUGACACUUUUCCUUAUAGCUGCUUUGGAGAUGGCUCCUUUUGUUCUUACUAUUACCUAGGUGAUGGCAUCUGUGACCCUCUCUGUAUGUCAGCCCCUUGCAACUACGAUUCUUACGAUAUGUCCACUUUAACCUACAAAGAAAGAUUUUCCAAAUCAGACUGCUUUGGCUUCUGCGUCGAAAAUGGUUGCAACACCACUGAACUUUCCAAUGGAAUCUGCGAAAAUAACAACUGUAACACUGCUGAAUGUGGCUGAGAAUUAGGCGACUGUGGUUUUUGCAAUCAAAAUUGCUAUGAAAAUAUGCUAGGCAAUGGAGUUUGUGAUGAAGAAUGCAAUACUAGUGCUUGCAUGUAUGAUAAUAAUGACUGUGGAUGAUGUGCUGAAAGCUGUUUUAAAGAAGAUUUAUAUGGAAAUUUAACGGAAUGUAAAAAGGAAUGUGAUAAUAAAGAAUGCUUAUAUGGGAAUUAUAAAUGCACAGAUAAAUUUUGUGCCCCAGAUUGCCCGCCUGACUACUUAAAUGAUACUGUUUGUGAUAAAGCCUGCAAUAAUGAAGAAUGUAAUUGAGAUAAUGGAGACUGCUUAUGUGCCCCAAACUGUACAGAAACUGUAUUAAAUGAGGCAGAUUGUAAGAAAAAUGACCCUUGUGAUAAUAAAAAUUGUGACUUUAAAAAUAAAAUCUGUGGGGAAUGCGCCAGUGGGUGUUUUAAUAGUAUGCUUGGCGACGGGACUUGUGAUGAAAAAUGCAAUAAUUUUGACUGUGAGUAUGAUUAUGGAGACUGUGGGUGUGCCCCAGGGUGCAGCUCUUAUUAUAAUUUUACAAUGCAGGAUUGAGUAUGAGACAAAUCUGACCCAUGCAAAGAAAGCUGCCUUGUACCAAGCUGCUUAUAUAAUUAUGGAGUCUGCAAUGACGAUUUUUAUAUCCAAAGAUCAAUUAUUUACCAAGUUAUAACAAAUAACCAGUCAGCUUAUUUUCAGAAUUCGAUCUGUGUGGAAAAAAAUGAAAAAUGCACUGAAGAUAUAAUGAGAAAGGAAAAUAAAGAUAAAAAAUGUGGCCAAAAUCAGGAAUGUGGUAUUAAGGAGUGCGGAUUUUGUAUGGGGUAUUUAACUGAUAAAGAUACGUGCUCUAAUGGAUGCUUGAGGUGUGGAGAUGAUAUAAAUCAAUGCAUUCAGUGUAAUGGGCUGCAGGUUUUUGCGAAUUGUAUAGCGAAUAUAUCAUGUCCUCCUGGGUUUAUGAAAUAUGAAAAUUUUACUGCUUGGGAUAUGUGCUUACCAGUACCGAAAAACAAUAGCCAAAGACUUUUUGAAAAUAUUUGAGUGAGAGCUCCUAAUCAAAAUGAGACUGAUAAAAUAGGAAUUGGGACUGAAAAAGAUCCUUAUAACUCUCUUUCAUAUGCGUUUAUGCAUGUUUCUCAAAAAUAUACAAAAAUAAAUCUCUUCAACGGUAGCCAUCCUUAUUUAAGACCCAGCUACCAAAACCCCCUUGCACAAAGCCCUUAUGACCCUUUAAUGAGAAGCAUUGACCUAAACUGGGAACAAAUCAUCAUUCAAAGCGUUGAUAAGAGCAACCCAGCAAUAAUUUCUUUUGAAGACCCCCGCAUGAUGAUCCAUUCCAACGCCAAAAAAUUAGUCAUCAGCGACAUCUAUUUAUCAGGCAUAGAAUCAUUAAAGCCAAACUGUACCUUCAGCAACUGCACUUAUUGCCCCUAUCUUUUUACACCUGAUGGAAAAUGAUAUAGAGACGACCAGUAUUAUAUAGUCAAAAACAUUACAGAUUUUCCUCAAAAUUGCACAGAUAAUUAUGAUUUAAUUAUUAUCCAAGUCGACAGUGGCUCAUCAUUGGAAAUUUCCAGUUCAUUUAUUAUGUAUUUUCAAGAGCAGUACAAAGCUUUUAUUAUGUCAAUGGGGGCUGUCAACCUUACUAACGUUACUUUUUAUAGGAUGCAGGCUAGUCCUUUACCUCAGUCAGCAAUUAUUGUGAUGAACUGUCUUACAAAUUGUAAAGGAGUGUCUUUUAAUUUUAAUACUGGCGGCGUUUACUAUAUAAACUGAGGCUACGAGUACCGAGAUGACUUACUCCCCCUCUCUGUGAGCGACCAAAAAAAUUUUGUUCGCUCAUAAAGGGGGUUAAUUUUUUUUUUAAAACAAUUAUAUAUAAAAAAUUUUAUUGAAAUUGUUUUUUUCUAAAUUUAAAAAAAUACUAAUACGUAAAAAUUUGGGAAGCAAAUAUUAAAUUUAAUUUGUAAAGUUUAUAUUUUAUAACGUAAUUUGUUUAAAAUAAAUAGAAUUAGCUCGAGAUUUCAUUAUACUAAUUAUCACUUAUAUAUCAAAAUGUUUUUCCAUGACAAAUUUUUCUAUUAAAAAAAAUUUUUGUUCGCUCAUGGAUGGUGGGCUUUUGGGCAAAAAAUAAGGAUUUUUCUAACGGUUUUGUUCAUUCACGGAGGGGGGGAAGUUAGAACAAAGCGGAUUUUUCUAUUCAAAUGGCAUAGAUAGUGUCAUUAUAUAUAAUGUCACUUUUGAGUACAACAUGGCUAUCAGUGGGAAUUCCGCUAACAAUUUCAAUAAAUUUAUAGAAAUUAUCAACUCUAUAGGAGUUGUUACCAUUGAUAACUGCUGAUUUGGCAUAAAUCUGGUGAAUUAUUUAAUUUACAUAGACUCCCAAUCUUUAGCAUACACAGACUAUGAUCUUGAUAGAACCUACACAGCCCGUGUAUAUGACCAAAUCGCUUUUUCACUUACAAAUACCCAAAUUCUUUCUAUUUACAGCCGUGUCUUCACACGACGACACUAUUUCAUAACGACUAUUUUUUUUUGGCCCAUUUUUUUUCCACCUAUUUUUUUAGCCUAUUUUUUUUAGCCUCUUUUUUUUUGGCCUAUUUUUUUUGGCCUAUUUUUUUUUGGUCUAUUUUUUUUUGGCCUAUUUUUUUUGGCCUAUUUUUUUUUGCCUAUUUUUUUUUGGCCUAUUUUUUUUUUGGCCUAUUUUCUUUGACUUUUUUUGGGCCACUUUUUAGCUAUUUUUUACUAAUAUCUAAGCCUAAUUCCAUACUAAUGAUUUUAAUAUAAUUUUUAAUGUAUUUUAAACGAUUUUAUCAACAAAAAAUGCACCUUUAACAGAUCUCUUACUCCAUGAAUACUAAUUCAUUGCUUUUUAAUUUUCGAGAAUUUUAGAUUUAAUUAGGAGUUUUCCACUUAAUUUACUCAAUAUUAAUCUCGUAAGGAAAUGUAUCCGUUACUCAAUAUUAUUUAGUUCUCUUAGCAGCUUCAUGAAUGAGCCUCGGCAGAAAAAUAGGCCAAAAAAAUUAGGCCAAAAAAAAAUAUGCAAAAAAUUAGGAAAAAAAAAAUAGGCCAAAAAUAAAUAGAUGAAAAAACAACAGGCCAAAAAAAAAUAGGCCAAAAAAAAAUAGGCAACAAAAAAAAAUAGGCCAAAAAAAAAUAGGCCAAAAAAAAAAUAGUCGAUAUGAAAUAUUCGUCUUGUGAAGUAAUCAUUUACAGCUAUUUAACACUCAUAACUCAUCUAAUGGGGCAUGUUACCCAAAAUAUCAACAUAGACACCGUCAAUUUCUCCAACAUCACAGCAGGAGGAAGCGGACUUUUGUAUAUUGACAGUCAAAAUAAACUGACAAAAUCUGAAUAUGACGGAGACAUUAGUUAUGUCACAAGUGGAGGGGUAAGAGUAUCAGUUAUAAUAAACAAAAGAUCAAUAAAUGUGACUAACGUGAAUAUCAAUUAUGUGUAUAGUGGAUAUUAUUUGAUGCAUAUAGGACAGAUGCCGAAUGUUAAAAUAUCAAAUUUAAACGUGGAGAAUUCAGGUGACGGCUAUAAACUAGCACCAAAUGAUCAGGUAAUUGUGCAGAUAAUUAAUGAUCCUUAUUCUUAUAUAAUAUAUCCUUUAUUUUACUAUCAAAUUGCAGACGCAAGCUGCACCUAUGGGAUCCAUAUUACUCAGCCUUAUAGAAUUUCAAUAACUGACACUUAUAUACGAAAUAGUACCUGCAAAGCUAAUUCGGGAGGUAUUUAUAUAUCUGAUGGAGAUGGGGAUUCUUACUUGAACCGCACAACAGUUUAUGAUAUGAGUAAUAAUAUUUCCUCUGGAGCUGCUAUAGAAAUGAAAAAUAUAGCUGGAACUAUGGAAAUUUAUUCACUUUAUUUUUCAGAAAUUGCAUAUCCGAGUGGAGGAGGACUAAGAGUUUCUGACUCUAACAAUUUUACAAUAAAUAACAUUUAUGCCCUUAAUGUUCUUACUGGAUUUGAAGGGACUUUAAAUUUCAAUAGAAUCAUAUAUCUAAAUAUAACAGAUUUUACAUGUGAAAACUGCGAAUCAUUCUGUGGAAAUGGUGGCGCUUUAGGAUAUUCCCCUAAAUUCUCUAAUCUUGCUUAUCCUGCAUUACAGCUGACCAAAUCUUCUUUUACCAAUUGCACUGCGCUACGUGGUGUAGGUGGAUCAAUUUAUAUAGAAAGUGUCAGCUGAAAUGUAGCUAUUGACAUCUUUAUUUCUGAUAUCUCUAUAGACUCAUGCCGAAGUAGCAACGGAGCAGGAAUUUAUAUAUCAAACAGAAUUUCUUUUCAUAAUGCGACUAUAAAAAAUAUCAAUAUUACCAGCUCGUGGUCAGAAAAUGGAGCUGUGCUAUUCGAUGGGCAUUAUAAUGGGUUUCUUUUAAUCGAUAAUUAUCAAGCAAAACAAAAUGAAGGGCUUUACUGUGGGUUUCAAGGCCUUUAUUCAUCAGAUGGAUUUAUAUUAGGAAUUUUUAAUACGUCUUUUGAUAAUUGCACUUGUGAUGGGAUGACGAUGUAUAUAAGUUCAUGGACUUGGGGCACCACAAUUUGAAUAGAAAACACUAAUUUUACUCAGACUUCUCCUGUAAGUCUUUAUGUCUCCAAAUCAUUUGUAAUUGGAAAUAAUUUAUACUUAUGUAUAAUAAUUUUUCAUUAGUUAAUAUUAGGAGAAAUUUGUAUGUACUAAAGGUUUUUUAUAUAUAUUUUUAUAAAAAUUAUAACUCAUUGAAAGUAACUGACUACGGCCAAGCAACAAUAACCAAUGCGAAAUUUCUAAAUAAUGAAGGAACCUCUGCAUAUAUCACAUUUGCAAGUACCCUUGCAUGUACAAACUGCCAAUUUCUGUCAAAUUCUAUUGAUUCUACAAUUGUCGUUGACCAGCAGUCAUCAAUAACUAUACAAAAUUCUUUAAUUGUAGGAAAUAACGUACUCUCGCCAGGCUCAGUUGCAAACAUUCAAGGUUCACAGCAGGUGAGCACGAUUUAUAAUACUACAAUUAUGAAUAAUUAUUCACAAUUAGGAGCAAAUAUUGAAGUAAUAAAUUCGAUUUUGAAUAUUAUUUAUUGCUAUUUUUCAGAAAAUUUAAGCGGCUCUGUAACUCCUGGAAUUAAUGCAAAUGCAGCUAGAAUAUGCUUUUUGCCUUAAUUUUUAGAUCAUUUUAAGAAAAACCAUUCUGUUUUUUUAUAAAAAAUAAGACAAUUAUAUGCCAGAUAAGGAAAUAAGUAAUUUUAUAAGAUAUAUAUAUAAAUACAACCUUGCUCGAAAACCAAUAUGGAACGAUGGGUUCUUUUCUCUAUUUAAGCACUGUCAGUGAAGCUACAAUUGAAAAUUCUGUGAUGCGAAAUGGAACUUCUGAACAAGGAGGAGCUAUUUUAAUCUUACUGAGUUCUUUAAAUAUUACAAAUUCGCUAUUUUCAGACAACUUAUCUCAGCAAGGAGGAGUAAUCAAUGGUAUAACUGGGGCUAACAUAGUUAUAAAUGGCUCAGAGUUUAAAAAUUCCUUUGCUUUUUCAUCAGGCGGCAUAAUUUAUUCCAAUUCGGGGACCUUGCUCCUCCCCUUAGCAUUGGAAAAAAUCUAUCACAAAUUAAAUGAGAAAAAAAUGUUAAAUUAAUAAUUUCUAUUAAAUUAUACAAGAAUCUUGAUAUAAAAUUAAAAUAAUUAUCUUCCUCUGUUCCAAAAAAAAUUGUUACCUUACAGAGGAGAAUUUAGAUAUUUCUAAUAGUUUAUUCGACACUUUUAAUGCUACAGGAAUUUAUGCUAUUGGCUUAUCAAGUAUCAAUAUAAGCAAUACUUUAUUUAAAUAUGGCCUUGGCAUUUAUGGAGGUGUAUUAUAUUCAACCAGCACCUUAUCAUGCAAUAUGAAUACAGUUGUAUUUGAAAAUAAUACAGCAUCAAUUGCUGGGGCAGCUAUUUUUUUCGAAAGACAAGAUGGAAUUCAAGGAAUUGUCCCUUAUAAUCUUACCAAUACUUAUUUUUUGAAUAAUUCAGCUUAUUACGGUGGAGCAAUUUACUCAGAAAGUGUUUCAAUUAAUUUUAAUAAAAGUAUAUUUCAAGAAAAUUAUGCAAAUUCAAGCGGAGGGGCUGUAUAUUUAAGAAGCACAUUAGGCGGAACGUAUCAGUUUCAAGAAGGAAACAUGUUUUAUUCAAAUCUAGCUGGAGUAGAGGGUGGAGCAAUAAAAUGGGAUGGGACAAGGCCUGUAAUAGAUUCGAGCAAUAUUUGAUAUAAUAAUUCUGCUGAAUAUGGGAAUGAUAUUGCAAGCUACCCUGUCACUAUGCAAAUGGCGACUCCUUUUUCAGGAAGAUAUCUUGCAGAUAAAUAUAUAGAUGGAAUUCCGAUUGUAGGGACUAUUAUAAAUGUGGCCCCAGGGCAGGUGUUCCCGCAGUCACUUAAAAUUGAGCUAAGAGAUCAGUAUGGCAAUCUAGUAACUACUGAUAAUACGAGCAGUGGUAAUUUAAAGGCAUAUAAUUCCACAACUGCUAUUUCCGGCACCACAGAAACAAUAGCGCAGCAUGGUAUUUUUAACUUUUCAAAUUUCAUUAUUUCCGAAACCCCAGGAUCCAUCGCCAUGAUAGAAAUCUCAACCUCUUCAAUUGACCCGGAAAAGCAGAUAUCCUCCAAUGACUUCACAAAUUAUUACAGCACAGUCAUAUUACAAAUUAUGCUGAGAAAUUGCACAUCAGGAGAAUUCGAUACAGGAUCUACCUGCCAAAAAUGUGAAAAAGGAAAAUACAGCUUAAAUCCUAGCACUGAAUGUAAAGCUUGUCCUGAUGGAGCCAUUUGUCCUGGAGGGUCUGUUUUAUUAAUGAAGCCUGGAUAUUGGAGAUCGUCCGGGAAAUCUGAUACAAUUUAUAAUUGUCCUAAUAAUAACGCAUGUGCAGGGUCAGCUGAUAAUAAUGAUCUGACAGGAUCAUGCGAAACAGGCUAUUAUGGGCACAUGUGCCAAGCUUGUGAUAAAGGCUACUCUGGGACUUCAAAUAAUAUCUGUAUUAAAUGUCCUGGGGAAGCUGGAAAUAUAAUUGUUCUUAUUUUAAUUGGAACUGUUUUACUUUUAGCAUGUGCAGUUAUCGUAAAAUCUACUUUGGAAUCAGCAUAUCAGCCACAAAAUGUUUAUUCGGUGUAUUUAAAAAUAUUCACAAAUUAUGUCCAGCUUGUGUUUUUAACGACCCAGUUUAAUUUACAGUGGCCUGAUUAUGUUACUGAGCUUUUUAACAUACAAUCAAACACUGCUACUAUAUCAAGCCAAAUUUUUUCUCCUGAGUGUUUUUUAAGACAGUAUGGGGCAUCAUUAGAAAAUUCGUAUUACCAGAGAAUCAUUAUGCUGGCUAUUUUACCUAUAAUACUAUGGACAGGAGCAUUUUUUAUAUGGCUAGGAAUUGCUUAUAAAACGAAAAGAUGGAAUGUAUUGAAAAGAGAGCUCAUAGCAAGUAUGGUAGUUUUGCUGUUCAUGGUCCAUCCAAAUAUUAUUGUAGCUAUGUUUGGGAUGUUUUCUUGUGAAUAUAUUGAUGGGCUAGGGUUCUGGCUCCAACAAAACUUAGAAAUUAAAUGCUGGGAAGGCAAGCACUUAUAUUAUUCGCUUUUAGUCGGCUUGCCGAGCAUAAUUGUUUGGGGACUCACCAUGCCUGCAAUUGUGCUAUUAAUUAUGUUCAAAAGUAGAAAAAAACUGUCGAAGCGUAAAAAUAUGCUUAAAUUUGGAUUUUUAUUUAUAGGCUAUAGAAGAAAUAGGUAUUACUGAGAAUUUUUGAUUUUAUAUAGAAAAAUCACAAUAAUUUGUUUAGCAGUUUUUAUAUUUUCCAAACAAAUUCAAGCUCUUACAGUUUUAUUUAUUUUAUUGAUCUCUUUUGCAGCACAGUCUAAUCAGCGUCCUUAUACUUUAAGCCAUCUAAAUAAUAUGGAAACCCAAGCUGUUUUAAUAGCAACUUUUACAAUUUAUUGCGGACUUUAUUAUUUAACAGAUGAUAUUGAAGAGGUUUCACGAGUGCUGCUAUUUGUUUUUAUUAUCAUAGGAAAUUUAUAUUUUAUUUUAUAUUGGCUUUACUAUAUGACAAAAGCUGCGAUUGAUAUUAUUGUUAAAUCUGUGCCAUAUUUAAGAAUUAAAUACAGAAAAGAUGAGCUCCCGCAAAAUAUCCUGCCAAAUGAAGCAUUAAUAAGAGGUGCAUAUAUCGACCCAAAUGAUGGAAAAUUGAAAUAUUCACUUAUCCAGCUGCCAAGUGAAAGAAUCGAGUAUCCAGUCGAAAGAUAUCCUGAUAUGAAUUCACUAUAUCUUGCAGAUCUUGAAAGACGGUCAGACCAAGCUAACCAGCAAGAAAGCUAG